AUGCGUCUUCCCAGCUCCUCGUGGGGCUCCCCCGGCGACUCUGCGAUCAUGCUCGGAGAAUCGCAGCCUCGAUCUCGGAGCUACCUGAACUACUUUUGCUGCGUCUUGCCGGCGCGAGCGUGCGGAGCCGCCUUCACCUGGGAGUCGUCGCGGAAGUUCUGGUACAGCUUGUUGACCGUCUCCAUUCUCAGCGCCAAAACCCUCCAUAUCUACGCUCAUGCCGACUCGAUCAAGCUGGGCGACAUGAUCCUUUGGGGACCGACUUUCUACGUGCAAGACAUUCUGUUCUUACUCUUCGCAUUUGCCCUCGCCCACAAUUUCCAGCGAAAAUGGCUUCGGUCCCUCACCUCGACUGUGGUUAUUCUUGGCUCGUUGGCCCUGUCCACCAUGGCCGCGGCCAAUAUCUCCUUCUUUUUCACCACCGGCGCGGAAAUUCACUGGCGACAAGCGGGUGGGUUCAACCGGGACCCGGCCUCGAUCAACACCCUCAUGACCGGCCUGACCGGCCUGGCGAUCGUGGACACACUGUUCUUCGUCGCCGCAGCCUUGAUGACCCCGUGGAUUUACAAUGGAGUAGAUGGGAUGAUCGCAAUCUGGGGCGCCACGAUCAAGGCCCUAGUACAGCCGGUGGCUCCCUAUGCCAAGGCGGGCCUGCACAAGGUUCUCAGUCGCUCGAGCCGAGGCCGAGAUGUCUUUGAGAGACUGAAGCUGUACGAGGCUGUCCCGUUGAGUGAUUACGAUGAAGCCGAAGAUAAGACGACUGCGAGUGGAGCUCCGCUCCUGAGCCAUCCCACGCAGGCCUUUGACAAUCUUCGUCACCAGGGCGCUCACUGGGCUAGCCAGUUCAAUUGGAGGUUGUGGCUUACCCGCGCACUGAUCAUCGUGCCCGCCGUGUACAUUUUCAUUGUGCGCCUGUGCCGUCCGUCGAUCUCCUCCUAUGGAUUCCUCUCACAGACCGUCAUCAUCACGCCUUUCUCCGGUGUGGACACAGACAAUGCACUGGCCAAGGCCUUCCCGGAGCGUGCGUUGCAUGGUAAGACCACCGCUCUGACGGCGGUGCCCGAAUUCGACUGGUUGCCCAAGGGCACAUUCCCCGGUUUCCGUGACUGGGAAGACCGGUCUCGCUACUCGCACUACAACUCCACCGAAGACCCGCUGCACAUCUCCAACCUGGACCUAGACAUCUUGGCCCCCAUCAAGACCGCCCUUGACAGCGGUGAUGUGAAGAUCAAGCACAUCUUCGUCUUCAAGAUGGAGAGCACACGCUACGACGUCUUCCCACUGCGAAACAACUCCUACUUGUGGAACCGUCUUCAGAAAUCCUACAAGGGUAACAAAUUCCCCCAGGCGGUUCAGGAUCGUCUGGUCAACCUGACCCGUACCGCCGAGCGUCUCACGGGACAGCCAUCUGGAUUCAAACGCAACGAGACGAUCAAGCCCUACGGUGGGAUCAACAUGCACAACUCGUACACCGGAGGUACCUUUACCUUGAAGAGUAUCGAGGCCACCACAUGCGGUGUGGAACCGCUGGUCGUCGACUUCAACCACGAAUACGAGCACCACAUUUAUCAGCCCUGCAUGCCGCACAUCCUCGACAUGCUGAGCACGCUGACCAACGACAGCCACAGCAAGGAUUUCACUCACUGGCCUUGGCGCCCGGCGUUCAUGCAGUCCAUCACCGACACUUACGACCAUCAGGACCGACUGACCCCGGCGCUCGGAUUCAAGCCCGAGAACAUCGUCACGGUGGAGUCAAUUGACAAGGAACAUGCCAACGACACCUCUUGGACCGCGGAGAAGUUUAACUUUUGGGGAUAUCCCGACUCCAGCCUUGCCGGCUACUUCCGCCACGCGAUCGAAAAGGCCGAGCAGAAUCACGAGCGUCUGUUCUUGACGCAUCUGACCGGCAUCACUCACCACCCGUGGGACACGCCGGGUCACCACUAUGAGGAGCUGAUCGGGCCGCAAAAGAAUGUCUUUGGGGGUGGCAAUGAAGACCUCAAUCGUUACCUCAAUACCCAGGGUCUCAACGACCACUGGUAUGAGACCUUCCUGAACAUUCUGGAGGAGACCGGAGUAGCCAACGAGACCCUGGUCGUCAUGACGGGAGACCAUGGUAUUUCCCUCGUGGAAGAUGGUAACGUCACUCCCUACGACAACCCGCUGGAGACCAACUUCCACGUGCCCUUGGUCUUUGCCAAUCCUCGCCUUCCUGUCCUUCAACUCAACGCUUCAGUCACCUCCAUCCAAAUUCUUCCCACCAUCCUGGAUCUCCUCAAGCACUCCGGCUCCCUCGACCAAAAGGGCAGCCGUGCCGUCAGCGAUCUGCUCCCGAUGUACGAAGGUCAAUCCAUCCUCCGACCGAUCGUGACCCACAACGACCAGACCCCCUGGUAUCAGUUCACCGUCAUGAAUACUGGCGGUUCGCUCGUGGCCAUGCGUGCGGCCAAUGCCCCCUACCGACUCGUCGUCCCUCUGGUUCCCGAAGUGGAAUUCCGCUUCACAGAUCUCAGCCGAGACCCCCAGGAAGUCCAUCCGAUCAAGGCCUUCGACUUUGAAUCCCUCCGCAAAGCCGUGCAGGCCGACCACGGUGACGACACGGCGCAGUGGGUGCAUGAUGCGGCUCAGGCAGCUCAGUGGUGGGUGACCGAUAACUGGCACCGCUACGAGUUCAACCCGUUGGCACCGAAGAAGCCACACGAGUCAUGGCCCAGCUCUCACGACGGCCACUGA